AUGUCGCGCUCAGUGUCAACACUCUCACGGUCAUUCUCCAAAUCCUCUCAGUCAUCGCCACCGCGCGAAUUUCCGUCUACCGGAUUCGAGUUAAUCGAUCCAUCUCAAAAGGUUGAGGAGGAGCGACUUCCUUUCUAUAACAGGGAUGAAUACUAUCCCAUGAGAAUUGGCGAUGUAGUGUAUGGCCACUACCAGAUAGUUGCGAAGCUUGGUUACGGCACAACCUCGACCGUGUGGCUGUCGCGCGAUUUGAGAAACCAGACAUACUGGGUUAUGAAGGUUCAUAUCAAUUCUUUGAAGUAUAGUCACGAAUUGGCUGUCUAUCGGCACUUGGCGAACCAUACCGAAGACCACCCCGGCCGGAAAAAUGUUCGAGAAUUCUACGACUCAUUUAAGCUCAAGGGCCCGAAUGGUGAUCACGAAGUCUUUGUCAUGGCUCCUCUGGGUAUGAGCCUGAGAAGUCUACAAGAGAUUCAAAAAGAUGGUGUCUUCCGCGAGCAGCUUGUCAUUGGGGCUCUUCCGCAAGUCUUUCUCGCGUUGGACUUUCUCCACGAAGCGGACGUGAUCCAUACCGAUGUUCACUCUGAUAAUCUCCUUAUUGGUAUUGUGGACAAGUCGGUUUUUUCCAAAGUGGAAGAAUACGAGAUGCAUAAACCAUCGCCCCGCAAGGUUGUCGGCGAUACCGUCACGCAGGUCUCUCAAUAUAUGUAUGCUGGCCAAGGCCCUCUCAUCCUCUGUGAUUUGGGGCAAGCACGAAUUGGCCGCGAGCAGCUUGGCAACGCCAUGCCUGUACCUUAUCGGGCCCCCGAAGUGAUUCUCAAUAUGCCAUGGGGACAUAGUGUAGAUGCCUGGAGCGCAGGUCUCCUGGCAUGGGAUCUUCUCAGAGGGGAGAGCCUCUUCAAGGUGUACGACCUUGAAUCUCGGGAGCUAAACGACGCUCACCAUCUUGCAGCUAUCACGGCACUUAUUGGUCCACCACCCCCAGAAUUGCUGCAAAGCAGCGAGGAUUCACGCAAAUACUGGCACGAAGACGGCGAAUGGAAGGGUCCUGUCCCUUUACCACCAAAGAAGGAUUUUGAGACUCUGGUGAGCGACAUGGUAGGAGUGGACAAGGAAAAUUUCAUAAGCUUCAUGGAGUGUUUUAUUGCGUGGCUUCCUAGCGAUCGACUUACAUGCCUGCAAGGCUAUUUUCACCCUUGGCUCAAAACCAAACGAGCCCCUGGUGCGGGUGCGACAUGA